UGUGCCCGGGGGCGGGGACCUGGCAAGGGCUUCUUUACGAGUAUUUACUACGAGCAAUCCCCCCUAUGAGCUCAGAGCCCCGGCUGUCAGGCUGCCCAUGCCAUGCCCCACUAACCCUCUCCACAGGACCCCCGCCCAGCAUGGCAGACCCUCUAGGGGACCUGAUCUCAGCGGCUGCUGCCAGGGGGGAGCUGGAACAGCUAGAGGACCUGCUUCGGGGGGCACCGGACGUGGAUGUACCCAAUAAAUUCGGGAGGACAGCCCUGCAGGUGAUGAGGUUGGGAAAUCCAGCCAUUGCCAGGGCUCUGCUCAGUAGAGGUGCUAACCCAAAUCUAAGAGACAGCACUGGGUUCUCGGUUCUCCACGAUGCAGCCAGGGCUGGCUUCCAAGACACUGUGCAGACCCUGCUCCAUUACCAGGCCGAUGUCAACAUCCAGGACAACGAGGGCAACCUACCCCUUCACCUGGCAGCCAAGGAAGGUCACCUACCGGUAGUCAGAUUCCUGAUUGGGCACACAGACACCAAGGUGGGCCACCGGAAUCGUCAUGGGGAAACCCCCUGUGACAUGGCCAGACUGUACAACAGGGAGGAUGUGUUUCAAUGGAUGCAGUCCUAUACUAGGGUCCAGGGUGCUGACCUGGAAUAAAGGCAGCAGGGAGUCACCGUGGACAGAUCAUAUCCCCUUUCUCCAAGACACAGGGGUUACCUAGCAGAACAUUAAUUGACAUGAGUUGCUGAUCCAUUCAGGAGAGGAAUGGUUAAAACAUUUUCUCCAAUUCCAUCUUUUUCUUUUUUUUUUUUCUAAAGGACUUUCUCAUUCUGAGUUAACCUCCAUCAGACACACAGAAGGUCUCUAGAUCAAUUUAUUAUAUUAUUGCCCAAUAAUAAUGUGAGCUAUAAUGGGAGGGGUGGGUGGGAGAAUCC